GAUAUAGUUUUCAAAUUGAAACGGUAACGUUCUGGUAUCCAUAGAUAAACUCUAUUUUCUUCCAUGGAAUCAUGGCCGGCUCCGUAGUGAACCACCUCCUCCCCAAGGCCAACCGAUUCCCGCCCGCCGCCUCCUCCAGGUCCCCCGCCGCCGCAGUCCUUGCUCUCCUCGAAGAGGGCAAUCUCAAGAAAGCCGUGUCGGUCCUCUUCUCCUCCCCCGUUCCUUUCCCUCCCAACCUCUACGCCCGCCUCUUCAGCCUCUGCUCCUCGAACCUCGCCAUCGUCGAGGCCCGUAAGCUCGAAUCUCACCUGGUCACCUUCAACCCCGAUCCCCCUACCUUCCUCCUGAACCGGGCCAUCGAGGUUUAUGCGGAAUGUGGGUGCUUGAAAGACGCCCGCGAGCUAUUCGAGGAAAUGCCCCAGAGGAAUGGCGGGUCCUGGAACGCUAUGAUCACAGCUUAUUCCCGGGCGGGCCUCCCCAAGAAGGCAUUGGGGAUGUUCAAGUCUAUGUACCGGUCAGGUUUCUCAGCGAGCGAGGUCGUGUUUGCUGGCACACUGAGGGCUUGCUCCACUUUGUUGGAUAUUUCCCUUUCGAAGCAAAUUCACGGGCUGAUCGUGAGAACUGGUUUUUCUGGGAAUUUGAUCUUGGGAAGCUCUGUAGUUGAUACGUAUGGGAAAUGUGGGGUCAUGAGUGACGCGAGAAGGAUGUUUGAUGAAAUACCGAGGCCGAACGAGGUGUCUUGGAAUGUGAUCGUCCGUAGGUAUCUUGAGAUGGGCGACGGGAAGGAAGCGAUUUCAAUGUUCUUCAAAAUGUUCCGAAUGAAUACGAAACCAUUGAAUUUUACAUUCUCAAAUGCCUUAGUUGCCUGCUCAAGUACGCUGGCCCUCAAUGAGGGGAUGCAGAUCCAUGGGAUGGUGAUCAAGACGCGUCUCGAAGAAGAUGAGGUCAUUUCGUGCUCUCUUAUAAGUAUGUACAUAAAGUGCAGAAAACUGGAUAGCGCUCAGAAGAUUCUUGAACUGCCUGGUGCAGGAAAUAUAGUCUCUUGGACUACGAUGUUAUCGGGUUAUGUUAUGAUUGGUGAGACUAAAAGAGCACGGAAGCUUUUCGACGAGAUGCCCGAGAGGAAUGUGAUCUCAUGGAAUGCGAUGUUGGUGGGAUACACUCGGCUUCUCCUGUGGGAGGAGGCACUAGAUUUCUUCUCUCUGAUGCGAAGCAAGACUAAAGAAAUUGACCAUGUAACUCUUGGUUUGAUGGCGAAUAUAGGUGCAGGCCUUUCAGACAUUGAACUGGGGAAACAAGUCCACGGGUUUGUUUAUCGUAAUGGAUACCAUUCAAACUUAUUCGUGGGUAAUUCCCUUUUGGAUAUGUAUGGAAAAUGUGGCGACUUGAGAACUGCUAGAGCUUGGUUUCACCAAAUGGGCCGGGUCCGAGAUCAGGUUUCUUGGAACUCUCUACUCACUAGCUACGCUCGCCAUAGAAUGAGCGAACAAGCUAUGGAUAUCUUUCCUGAAAUGCAAUGGGAGACAACUCCGAGUAAAUUUACGUUUGGGACCCUCCUUGCGGCUUGUGCUAACAUUUUCGCCAUCAAUAAUGGGAAGCAGAUCCACGGUUUCAUGCUCAGAAAGGGAUACGAAAUGGAUCUCGUGGUUAGGGGAGCUCUGGUUGAUAUGUACUCGAAAUGCCGAAAUCUUGAGUACGCUAUCAAAGUUUUCAGGGAGGCAGCUUCUCGGGACGUGGUUCUUUGGAACUCUCUGAUCCUGGGCUGUUACCACAAUCGGCAGACCAAGCUGGUCCUCGACCUGUUCAAAUCCAUGGAGGGAGGGGGUAUUACACCUGACCACGUAACACUUCACGGCGUCCUGCUGGCUUGUGUCUCUGAGGGACUUGUUGACUUUGGAAGGAAGAUCCUCGACUCAAUGAGUGAAGUAUACUCCACUAUCCCAAGGAUGGAGCACUAUGAGUGCAUGAUCGAACUGUACAGUUGUUAUGGGCGCAAGGCGGAGCUCGAAAAAUUUGUGAAAACAGCCCCCUUCGAGCUGACAGUCCCAAUGUUGACUAGAGUCUGCAACUCUUGUAGAGAACACGGAUGGCCCGAACUGGGGAAGUGGGCCGCCCAGCGGCUUGCUGAGGCGAAUCCUUAAUUAAGGUCUGCGUGAACCCAAAGUCGCUAGGAGAACUAACAGUAGGAGGUAGUGAUUCCAGAGAAUUGUGAUAAUAAGGUUUACUUCAUGCUGGUUUCGUAAGAAAGGCUUAGGGCAGUUUUUUAAGUAGAAAGCUCACAUUGAUCGAAUUUUUUGUACUUUUCUCGAACUCAUAUGUGAUACUAGUUACAAUGCAUAUAAUACAUAUACAACGCAUUCUUUCGCGACUUUGAGUCGA